AGAAGCACACGUUCAUUUCCAAGAAGUUCAACAAACACCCAAGAAAAUUAACGAUCUUAUACCUUUCUCACUCGUACGUACGUACACAAAAAUGGCUUGCAAUAUGCGAACUGAUCUGCUUGCUGGACAUUUGAUCGGUAAGAGAAGAACCGGUGAUGCCUCGGUGGUUCGUGCAGUACUUGUUGAUCGCAAAACAAUUGUUAAGAACAUCCUGGGGUCGAGCAAUUUGAUCAUCAGGACAUUGACAAAGCCGCAGGUUGAAACUGUUGAAAGGGAUGUCAGUAAAGGAAGAUUUGGUAGGUUUGGGGGGAAGUACGUCCCAGAGUCAUUGAUGACUUGUUUGGGCGAGCUUGAAGCCGAAUUCAACUCGGCUCUCCGUGAUACCGAGUUUCAGGCAGAGCUAGCAACAGCGCUAAGAGACUACGUUGGGAGGGAGACGCCGCUAUACUUUGCCCAACGGCUCACGAAUUACUACAAGAACAGUAAGGGAGAAGGGCCGGACAUAUAUCUAAAAAGAGAGGAUCUCAGCCAUGGUGGUGCACACAAGAUCAACAACGCCAUCGCUCAAGCAAUGAUUGCCAAACGCAUGGGCCGGAAAAGUGUUGUGGCAGCCACUGGUGCCGGGCAGCAUGGUGUCGCAACAGCUGCUGCAUGUGCCAAACUUGCUUUGGAGUGUACCGUCUUCAUGGGCACCAAAGACAUGGAGAAACAGUCUUCUAAUCUGCGCUUGAUGAAGCUGCUGGGUGCUCAGGUUAAAUCCGUGGGUGGAAAUUUUAAGGAUGCAACGUCGGAGGCCCUCCGGGAUUGGAUGGGAAACCUAGAAAGCAGCUACUUCCUGACAGGGACAGUGGUGGGGCCUCAUCCACUUCCAAGCAUGGUCCGGGAAUUUCAAUCAGUGAUCGGAAAAGAAACAAGGAGGCAAGCAAUGGAGAGAUGGGGUCACAAGCCUGACGUACUGCUUGCCUGUGUAGGGAGUGGCUCUAAUGCGUUGGGUUUGUUCCAUGAAUUUGUUAAAGAUAAAGAUGUGAGGUUGAUUGGAGUUGAAGGGGCUGGAUUUGGCCUGGAAAGUGGCGGCCAUUCUGCCACUCUGGCUAGAGGUGAUGUGGGAGUUUAUCAUGGAGCCAUGAGCUAUCUGUUGCAAGAUGAGGAAGGCCAAAUUGUACGGCCACACUCUAUUGGUGUAGGGCUUGAGUACCCUGGGGUUAGCCCGGAGCUGAGCUUUCUUAAAGACACAGGACGUGCAGAGUUCUACACUGCCACGGAUGAGGAAGCUCUAGAUGCAUUCCAACUUUUAUGCAGAUUGGAAGGUAUAAUUCCAGCAUUGGAGGCCUCUCAUGCAUUGGCGUUUCUUAAUAAACUUUGCCCUACUUUGCCCGGUGGCACAAAGGUUGUAGUAAAUUGCAGUGGGCGUGGAGAUAAGGAUGUAGAGACGCUCUUCAACCACAAAUUUCACUCAAUGUAGCCUGUUCCCAAUACUUGCAAACGUAUGUAACACUGGAAAAAUAAGCCCCUUGGAAAAUCUGAAUAAUUAGGAAUCUAUGUUUUAGUGCUUAGAAAAUCUGAAUAAUUAGGGGUACAUGUUUUAGUGCUGGAAAUGCUUGGAAUUAGUUGAUACAACACUAUCGAUUGAUAUCCUCACUUUCAGAUAAUGUAAGUGCUUUAAUCCAA